AACCACGUAGACAUAAUGGCGUGGAAGCCUUGGACAGAUAUUUGUCAUCCUUAUCAAUCAUUAUUGGUCAUCUUCACACUAUGGAAAGGCUUAUUAUUCCUAAUUGUCAUCCUCACACCUGGGGCCGGGUAUGACACUUCGACCACAUUAAUACAAUGGAACGGCAAUGCGACCAAAACACCAAUGCCAGUUUUCCUGGAAACGGUGUCACUUAAGUUGACCCGAUGGGAUGCUAUAUAUUUCACUAAAGCCGCGAAUCGGGGCUACGACUUCGAGCAGGAAUGGGCCUUCAGCUACGGGCUCUCGCGACUGAUUCAUGUCUUGGGAGAUGGCCUUCGAAAAGUUGGCAUCCUUGACUAUGCCUUUAACGAGAGCGUUGUGGGAAUAUUGGUGUCCUAUGCUGCCCAUGGCUUGUCCGUGAUCGUCCUCUACCAGCUCAUCUACGCCCUUUUCCCCGGCGCGCAUGGCCGCAAGAUAGCUCUCCUCGCAGCAUGCUUGCACGUUCUGUCCCCUGCAGGUGCUUUUCUGUCCGCCCCGACAGCAGAGAGUGCGCAUGUAUUCUUGAGCUUCUGUGGCUCUCUUUUCUUUGUGCAGAGCUUCAGCCCAUCAGACGCCUCCUCCUUUUCCUCUGGCCUUCUCCAAGACGCCCUACUAGUCCCGGCUGGAAUCCUACACGGACUAGCCACCACGUGCCGCAGCAAUGGCCUCCUCAACGGCAUCCUGUUCUUCGAAGAGGCGGUUCGGUUGCUUUUCUCGCUGAGUCUGGGUGUAUCCCACGCGAAACUGCGACGUUUGCUCGCGGUGGGGGUGGCAGGUAUCUGCACGGGUCUCGGCUUCAUCCUUCCGCAGUACAUCGCGUAUCAGAAGUUUUGCACCCUACCUGCCAACCAGGAACCGCGGGUCUGGUGUCGAAGAACUAUCCCGAGUAUCUAUAGCUUCGUGCAGGAUCACUACUGGGAUAAUGGGUUCUUGCGGUACUGGACUCUGUCUAACAUCCCGCUUUUCGGCCUCGCUGCGCCCAUGCUCGCCAUCCUGAUGGCUUCUGGCUCUCAGGCUUUGAGAGGAGAUUUUAGAAAGGUCGCGGGUGAGAUGCGGGACUCGCCGCAGGCUCGCUUGACGGACCGACUGUUGCGGAGUCUAGCGGUCCCGCAAGUGGUUCUCGCCGUGCUUACCUUCUUCAAUCAUCAUGUGCAGGUCAUCACGCGCAUGUCUUCAGGUUAUCCGGUCUGGUAUCUAUGGCUGGCUUGUCUGCUUCUGCAGGCCCGAUCGAGCAAGGAGGAUGGGGGUCGCAAUCGGAAAGCCAACCUAACUGUGAACUAUAUGGUGGUUUAUGCUCUUGUUCAAGGGGUUCUCUUUGCGUCUUUUUUGCCUCCCGCUUGA